AUGGUGGUGAUGGACCUCAAGGUCACAGUUCCUGAAGAGGCACUCCUCAGAAAUAGCUACAAGAUCUUGAACACCAUCUGCCAAGGCAGCUUUGGGGAAGUGAAGCUUGCCUGGCACCUUCUCACCCAGACCCAGGUGGCCUUGAAAGUCCUGCCAAAGAACUCCUCCAUUGUCACAUCAGAAAUUGAAAUCAUGAAGUCCCUCAACCAUCCCAAUAUCAUCCAACUUUAUCAGAUAAUUGACACUGAAGUCAACACCUACCUUGUGAUGGAGUAUGUGAAUGGAAGAGGGCUGCUGGACAGGAUCCAGGAGGACGGCCAUCUGCAGGAACAGGAAGCCCGCCGAUUUUUCCAGCAGAUUGGGAGCGCUGUGCAUUACUGUCAUUCAAAAGGUGUGGUGCACAGAGAUCUGAGGCCAGAGAAUAUCCUAAUGGAUAGCGAGGGCAACAUCAAACUCAGUGACUUUGGGUUGAGCAUUCAGGUGAAUCCUGGACAGAAGCUGCACUCUUUCAUUUGCAGCCUCCCAUUUUGUGCCCCAGAGCUCUUGCAAGGAAAAGACUAUGAUGGUCCUGCAGCUGACAUGUGGAGCCUGGGAGUCCUCCUCUACUUUAUGACUACAGGCUGCCUCCCUUUUCAAGCACCUACUAAUCCUGGGAUAAAGCAGAAGAUCCUGUGUGCGAAAUACUACAGCCCAUCUCACCUUUCUGCAAAUGUGCUAAACAUAAUCAGACAGUUACUCACCCUGGACCCCAGCAAGAGGGCCACUAUAGACUGCAUCAUGCACCACCCAUGGCUUGCACAAGGUGAGGUGCCUUCCAUUGAGUUUUCCUUGGAAGAGUUUCCCAGUCUCCCAAACCCCAUUAUCUUAAUCAACAUGGCUGAUUUAGGGUAUGACCCAUAUGAGGUCCUGGAAUCUUUAAAAGCUCAAACCUUCAAUGAAGCAAUGGCUACAUAUCUGAUAUUACAACACAAGAACUCCUGUGAGGAUAGCCAGGAGAACCAAGUGAAGCCUGGGCAGCUGGAAGUUUUACCUUGUGUGACCCCUGCAGAACUUUCUGCCUCCCCCCUUCCCCUGAACAGGAGAAUCAGUGAUCCUGCCCUUCACACCUCCCUCUAUAAAUGUCAGCUUCCUGAGGAUGAGACACAUUUAAGGAUGGGAAAAAGGGCCAUCAUGCCUGCUACUCCCCAAUGCUCCCUGAAGAAGAGGACCAUCUCUUGUUUCAGGGAAGCCUGCCAUCAUGGUGAUGAGGUUGCCCUCUGCACCCAUUUCAAGAGUAGCUGUGAGGCUGGGCCAGAGAGCCAUGUGGGCUUGCAGGGCACACGACCAGAAAACAACUCACUUCCCAGGGAGAAACUUCAGGCUCUGACUGAGAAGAGUGCUCAUACAACAGAGAGAAGCACAUCCUCUGGAGAUCUAUCGCCAGAACCAAUGUCCUUGCCCAGUGAGCAUCCUGAAAGUGUGAUGGUAACCUGUAUCCAUGGAUACUGCCCAGGCUGGAAGAGGGUGAUGAGGAGGGUCGUGGACUGGGCAACAAAACUGUGCUGCUGCGUGCCAGUCCAGAGGCAAAGUCAGGUCUCCAGGAACAAAGUGGUUCCAGUCAGAGGACAGGAGAGUGGCAUGAUACCCAAAGCCAGGAGGUGA